AUGGCAGCAUUCAUCCUCGAAAGCGGCCGCGCCCUCCCGCGGGUGCAGCAGCGGGCGCCGGACGCGGCCGCGGCCGCCGAGCGGCUCGCGGCGCUGCGCUCCGAGGUGGCGGCCCAGAUGGUGCUCACGGCCCUGCAGGACGGCGCCGCGCUGCCGAGGCUGCUGCUCGCGCCCCUCCCCGGCUGCGGCUUCGGCACGGCCAGGAUGGAGCCGCCGGCGCCGGGCGACGCGCACUGGCAGUGGGCGGCGGCCCAGCUCGCGUUCGAGCCCGUCCAGGCGCGCCCGCCAAUCGAGCUCGCCUUAGCAGCCCUAGAGGCGUGGGAGGAGCGCCUGGCCCUUAUUCACGCCGACCGCUCGCGCCUGAUGGCCGAGGCCGCCGCCGCUGCCGCCGCAUCCCCGCGCGGCGCGCCGGCGCGGCGGGCGGGUUUUGUUGCUGAGCUGGACGCCAACCUGCGGGAGGGGGUCUGCAACUUCCUGACCGCGUGGCUGGUCGUCUUCUGCAGCGUCGCGCGCCCUGAUCAGUUUGCGGCGUACAUGCUGGCUUGUGCGCCGUGGGUGCCGUCGAUGCCGUGCGUGCAGGGCGGGCUGCGGGCGCUGGCGGGCAACGCGGCGGCGGCGGCGGCGGCGGCGGCGCCUGCAGCAUCCGCGGGGCCCGAGUCGUCGAUGUUGGGCGGUGCAUGA